AUGGCAUUGGAAAGGGAGAUCAGACGGGUUGGCUUUGACAUGGAAAAAGUAACCAAAGCUCGAACCAGAUCACGGUCAAAGCUAGAACAUCAGUUUGGCACCUUUGAUCAGCAACCUUCGGUUAGCGUGGAUCAUUGGACAUCGCUGAAGUGCAAUGCCCACCAGACAUGGGCGCUAUAUGCAGCCAUACAAAAUGCUGAUGCACAACUUCUCAGAGACCUUCUUGUUAUUUAG